AUUUGAAAAUUUGAAAAUUUGAAAGAAAAAAAAAUAACAAAAAAGAAAAAAUGACGAAACAUAAUAAUACCAAAUCUUCAAUUCUUACCACCAUCUUAAUUAUUAUUAUAUACGCCACGUAUUCUGUUAUAACAUUUCCAAUUGAUAAGUUACCGGAAAGGAGAGAUGUUGAUUCUUUAUCACCAACACUUGAUCAUCCUGAUCCUUCAUUCCCCACCUUGAAGUUAAUCGAUUUCAAUUCUAUUCAGCAAUCUGGAGAGUUUUGGGAAAUGAUUCAUACUGAUGAUAAUUCUGAUAAUAAUUCAAAUGACAAAAAAAAUUUUGGAACCAUGCUUUAUUUUACUCCUGUAUGGUUCAAUAAAGCUUAUAAUAAAUUCGGUCCUCAUUUAUAUUAUACAAACAAAGAAAAUAUAGAUCAAAAGUACAAAAAUAAAGAAUGGUACGAAAUUUGUUAUUUAAAAAUAUGUAUGAAUGUAGUAUUUAGAACAUAUUAG